UAUGAAAACCCCACCUUCCAUGGCUUUGAAAGAAAAGAAGAAGCCCGCCACAAAAAACAAGAUCAACGGCACCGUCAUUACCAACGAUGGCAACAAUACUAACAAUAAAGAGCUUCAUUACAGGGGCGUCCGUAAGAGGCCAUGGGGCCGUUACGCCGCCGAGAUCAGGGAUCCGGGGAAGAAGAGCCGCGUCUGGCUCGGAACAUUUGACACCGCCGAAGAAGCUGCCAUGGCUUACGACGCUGCCGCAAGACAGUUCCGCGGCUCCAAAGCCAAGACCAACUUCCCACUCGCUUCUUCGCCCUCUCCCAACGAAAACGCCAACCUCAACAUCAACAAGAAUAAUAGCGCCGGCGAGAGUCCUAGCCAGAGCAGCACUGUUGAGUCAUCAACACCGGAGCGUGAGGUCACGCGCCGCCGCGACGUCUCGGUGAUUGAGCGGUUUCCGUUCCUUCCGUUGCAGCAGCCACUUCCGCCGCCGCAUCAUCAGCUCAUGCCGUUUGGCGUUGCCGGCGGUACGGUUGUUGAUGGUGUGGUGGCUCCCGUACGGCCGGUUUUCUUUUUAGAUCCAACCGUCGGUCGGGCUGAGUUCUUUGGACAAAGCUUUCCCGUACGGUUCGAACCGGGUCCAUACGAGAUUAGGACCGGGUUUGGAAGUUCGGCACAGAGUGACUCGGAUUCUUCCUCCGUCGUUGAUUGCCAGCCCAAGAGAGAGCUCAAUCUCGAUCUCAACCUAGCUCCGCCAAUGGAUGCUUAACUCCUUUUUUCCUUUUUUUUUUUUUCUACUUUUUCUAAUUUUUUAUACCGUACCCAGAAAGAAAAAGAAAAUGCACAAGGUGUUUUUUUCCCCUUUUAGUUUUUAGUUCCGAAGAUUAGUCUUCCAUUGUUUUUGAGGGAGAUUAAGAUGUUUACACAUCUUAUAUCUUUUGAUGUAAAUAAAUUAGUUUACCUUUUUAUUUUUAAGUAGGUUCAUUUCAGUUAAAGGAACUUGAUCCGAAAGCCCCUUGAUCUCAUAAUUUUCUGUAACCUCUGAUCUGAUAUGUAAUUCUGGCUAAAGUUAAUUUUCUUCCACUGUAUCAUGAUGUGUUGUUUUAGUUAAUUAAU